AUGCCUUCUGCAACUGUGAGCUCAGGCUUUGCCCGUGACAUUGUUGACACGGUUCCCAACCACGCUGUCAACGGUCAUGGCACUACCAAGCCCCAAUGUCGCAAAGUCGAUGUCGCAAUCAUUGGAGGUGGAUUCUCAGGUUGUUAUCUCCUGCACAAGCUCAGAAAACAAAACUUUAGCGCUGUCAUUAUAGAAGCUGCCUCAGGUCUCGGAGGUGUCUGGCAGUGGAACUGUUACCCGGGUGCCAGGGUCGAUACACCAGUUCCUCUAUACGAGUACUCGAUAGAAGAGGUAUGGAGGACUUGGAACUGGACUGAGAAGCUCCCGACUGCGACUGAGCUUCAGAAGUACUUUGAACAUGUCGACAAGGUGCUUGAUCUCAGCAAGGACGUCAUCUACAACACCAAGGUUACAGACGCCGCCUUUGAUGAUGCCACAAAUAAGUGGACAAUCCAGACCGACAAGCAUAUUAGAAUUGAGGCAAGCUGGUUUGUCCCAGCUGUGGGCUUCGCCGCCAAGCGAUCAUUCCCCGAUUGGCCCGGCUUGGAUGACUUCCAGGGCGUUAUACACCACUCGAGCUUCUGGCCACGCGAUGGCGUGGACUUGCGUGAAAAGCGUGUAGCAGUCGUUGGCACCGGAAGCACAGGUGUUCAGAUUGUGCAAGAAGUCGGUCCCCAGGCCAAGUCGCUGGUUCUCUUCCAGCGCACUCCAAAUCUGGCUCUCCCACUUAACCAAGCCGAGCUCACCAAAGAGGAACAAGAUUUCGAAAAGAACUCGUACCCCGAGAAGUAUGAGGCGAGGCUUCUCAGCAAGGGAGGCUAUGACUUUAGCCCGUCUGACCUGGGUACAUUCGUUCAUAACGCCGAAGAAAGGAGAGCAUUCUUCCAGGACAAAUGGGAUAAAGGCGGGUUUCACUUCUGGACCGGUGCGUAUGGGGAUCUCUUGACGAAUCUUGAUGCCAAUCGCGAGGCCUAUAGUUUCUGGUCCAACAAGAUCCGAAGCGUGAUUAGAGACCCCACCAAGAGGGAGAUGCUUGCACCCUUGAAAGCGCCUCAUCCCUUCGGCACUAAGCGUCCAGCCCUCUUUCGCAACUUUUACCAAGUCUGCGAUCAAGACAACUUCAGCAUUGUCGAUGUGAACAAGACCCCGGUGACAAAGAUCCUUCCCAAUGGCGUCGUCACAGCAGAUGGAACAACCUACGAGAUUGACGCCCUUAUUCUCGCCACUGGCUUCGACGCUAUCACAGGAGGCCUCAAAGCUAUAAACAUCCUUAACAGCGCCGGCAAGACUCUUUCAGAGAACUGGUCAAAUGGAACAUGGACGAACCUCGGUCUGAUGACAGCCGAUUUUCCCAACAUGUUCUUCAUGUACGGGCCCCAAGGUCCAACAGCUUUGUCCAACGGUCCAACCUGUGUUGAAAUCCAGGGGGAUUGGAUCGUUCAGGCGGUCGCUAGUGCUAGGAAGGCUGGAAAGCAGCGUAUGCGUGCGACGGUACAGGGACAGGAGAGGUAUAGAGAGUUGGUGAACGAAAUGACGGCGGAAACACUCUUCCCGAUGGCGAAUUCGUAUUAUAUGGGCGCGAAUAUUGAUGGGAAGCCGAGAGAGGCGCUGAACUUUCCGGGUGGUAUUCCGCUGUAUAGAGAGUUGCUUGACAAGUCUUCUGAGAAUGGUUACGAGGGAUUUGUAUUUGAGUAG